UCGCGCAGGACGCGGACAACUAGAUGUGUCUGGCUGGGCGCACACAGCGUGCAGUAUCGGCAUGUCGGGCCCACAGCACAGACAAGCUCCCAGAGAAUAAAGGCUCGGUGACCUGGCCAGUCCUGCCCUGUAACACAACUGCCCCUUGGACUGUGCCAAGUGGCUGGCCAGUGCCUCCGCCAGGAUGGACACAAGGACGGUGCUGCUCGUCCUGCAAGCCUUGCUGGUGCUGCCCCUGGCUGAUGGCACUGACCCCGUCCUGCGCUUUGUGGCUGUGGGUGACUGGGGCGGGGUCCCCAAUGCCCCGUUCUACACAGCCCGGGAAACGGCCAACGCCAAGGAGAUUGCCAGGACGGCGAAGAUCCUAGGCACAGACUUCAUCCUGUCGCUGGGGGACAAUUUCUACUUCACCGGCGUGCAUGAUGCCUACGACAAGCGGUUCCAGGAGACCUUUGAGGAUGUGUUCUCUGACCCCGCCCUCCGCAAUGUGCCCUGGUACGUGCUGGCUGGCAACCACGACCAUCUGGGCAACGUCUCGGCACAAAUCGCCUACUCCGGGAUCUCCAAACGCUGGAACUUCCCCAGCCCUUACUACCGCCUGCGCUUCAAGAUCCCACAGUCCAAUGUGACCGUGGCCAUCUUCAUGCUGGACACCGUGACGCUGUGCGGCAACUCGGACGACUUCCUCAGCCAGCAGCCGCAGAGGCCCCGCGACCCGCAGAUGGCCCGCACACAGCUGUCCUGGCUCAAGAAGCAGCUGGCGGCGGCCAAGGAGGACUAUGUGCUGGUGGCCGGCCACUACCCGGUCUGGUCCAUUGCCGAGCACGGGCCCACCCACUGCCUGGUCCGUCGGCUGCAGCCACUGCUGGCCACGUACAAGGUCACCGCCUACCUGAGUGGCCACGACCACAACCUACAGUACCUUCAGGAUGAGAACGGCAUCGGCUACAUACUGAGCGGGGCUGGUAACUUCAUGGACCCCUCGAAGAGGCACUUUCGCAAGGUUCCCAGCGGCUACCUGCGCUUCCACUACGGGGCGGAGGACUCCCUGGGCGGCUUCACCUACGUGGAGAUCAGCCCCAAAGAGAUGAGCAUCACCUACAUCGAGGCCUCGGGCAAGUCCCUCUUCAAGACCAAACUGCCCAGGCAAGACCGGCCCGAGCACUUGUGAGGGGCCGGAGGCAGAGAGACCUCCCUGCCAGGGGGGUGGCGGGCCCCCCUGGACCCCCGCCCCUGGGCAGGACUUCUCAGGGGCCUGUGGUUCUGCUGAGCGGGAACCACACUCUUAAACCUGACAUCCUUCCGUCACUGCCAAAUAUUCAAUAAAAGAAUAGACGUGC